GCCCCGGCUUGGCUGGUCGUUUGCACACUCACUGACGCGGCCGCGCGAUGCGUGCGACUACACAACUUUACGAACUUAAAUUUCGAACGCAAUGACUGUUUGAUUAUUUUUAAAAACAUAUGACGAUAAAGAAUGCUAGUGAAAAAAAUAAACGGUGCCGUCGAAGUGAAAUGGUAAACAUGUAAAUUAUCGAAGGUGUGGGAAUUAAGUGUAAUUCAGUGGCAGUAUGGUGGAUGUAGGUGUUAAUGAGUGCGAUAACACCAUAAAUGGGAGGAACCAAUUUGUGUUUCUUGUGCUCGUGCAUUUACUUCUUAUUGGACUGAAUGGGACUAAUGCUCAAAACCGCGCCCCGCGCAUAAAGGAGCACCCAUCGAACACAGUAUCAGGCCGUAGUGAACCAGCGACGCUGCGGUGCGUGGUGGAAGGCCGGCCUAAGCCAACUGUGCUGUGGUAUAAGGAUGGCAGCCCACUACCCUCCGCUGAAGAUGGACAUAGGGUGCUCCUGGAAGAUGGACUGUUGUUUCUGAGGGUGAAUCGGGGUAAGAAGGAGAGCGACGAAGGAGUUUACUGGUGCGUGGCACGCAAUUUAGCUGGCGAGGCUGUCAGUCACAACGCGUCCCUCAAUGUGGCAGUAAUUCGCGAUGACUUCAGAGUUGAACCGCGUGACGUCCACGUGGCCGCUGGUGAACCUGCCCAGCUCGAAUGUACACCUCCCAAAGGUGUUCCCGAACCGACGGUACAUUGGCUCAAAGAUGGACAGAUUUAUGAUAUUGAAGUUAGUGGCAGGGUCACAGUGACAGAAAGCGGAAAUCUUAAAAUAUUAGAAACGUUACCAGCUGACAGUGGGCUGUACCGCUGUGUGGCAUCAAACAUAGCUGGCGAAAGGCAAUCACGUGCAGCGGCGUUAAUCGUCUUAAGACGACCACACUUCGUAGUUAAGCCCAGCAAUAUCACUGCCCUAGUCGGACAAACGGUUGAAUUUAAUUGCCAGAGUUACGAUUCGAGUGUAAAAAUAACAUGGGUCAAGGAAGAUGGGUCGCUGCCUUUUCAUGCAACUGUGAUCCGUGGUUUGUUGCGUCUGGAGCACGUGACGGCGGCCGACGCGGGCGUGUACUCGUGCCGGGCGGACAGCCACGCCGGCACCAGCCUUACUACCGCAUCGCUCACAGUUAACUCGUUACCACACUUCACACAAAUACCAUCUAACCUGACCGCUUGGGAGGGCGAUGUGGUAUCGAUUCCUUGUGAAGCUAAAGGGUUACCAACACCGACGACUUUUUGGAUAUUGGAAGGGAAUCAAGAUUCAUUGCUAUUUCCGGAAUGCAUGAAGAGCAAUUCUAGUUUAUUAUAUCUGGACGGUGCAAAGGCGGAACACAGCGGGCGAGUCAUUUGUACGGCUGUCAACGCAGCUGGCAGUAUCAUGCAAGAGGCUUAUCUGAAAGUUCUGAGAAAGGGAAAUAAUGACUUGAAAGAGUCAUUAGAACAAGACUUGAGAAUUAAUCUUGACCGCGAUGCACAUAUGACGCAGUAUGAGUUAGUUCAAGCUAGAAAAUAUUUACAGCAAAACGUAUUAGCUUUAAAGCGGGUUGAAGCAUUGUCCUCAACUUCAAUAAAGGUCGUUUGGGAUGUAUUAACGGAUUACAAUGAAUAUUUGGAAGGUGUUAAAAUUUGGUACAACGGUACUUCAUUGAAUUGGCGUAACGCAAGCGUGGAGGAGAUUACGGCACUAAGUACAUCCCACUCAGAUGGCGUAUUGUGUUCAAACGGCUCUCUAACAGACGUUGACAACAGCGGAUCAUCCAGUUAUACACUUUCGGGAUUAUUGGCUUACACACAAUAUGAUGUCUUUCUCAUGCCAUUUUAUAAAAUGUUGCUUGGGAAACCUUCAAAUUUGAUGACAGGAUUUACUGACGAAGAAGUGCCAUCUGCGCCUCCCCAAAGCGUGACUGCUGGAGUAAUUAACGCAACUUCGGCUUGGAUCCGGUGGGAACCGCCGCCUGCGACCACGUGGAACGGCGAGCUCACUGGGUAUUUGAUUGAGAUCCGCGUCGGCGGCACGAGUGGCGGUCGCGUGGUGGGUCAGAUGUCGCUGGGUCCGCGCACGCGCGCCGCAGCCGCAAGCUCGCUGCGCGCGGGCGGCCGAUAUAGCGCCCGCGCAGCCGCCGUUACGCGCCGAGGACACGGGCCCUUCAGCGCGCCCGCGCAUAUACACAUGCUGCCCACACACACGCAGAGACACUACGUUCAGACUGAACCACCGAAAGAUUCGAACAUCCCUCAUAUAUUUCAAGAAACGUGGCUGCUGGUACUUUGUUUAGCACUAUUUUCGGUUAUCAUCAUCGGGGUCUUCAGCAUUUACUACAUCAAGCGACGGAAUAACAUCCAACGGAAGAAAUCGACCGGGCAAUCGAUUGUGACAGCGCAGCAGUGUCUAUUGAAUAAGGACACGAUUUGGCUGCGGGACCGGCCGGUGUUUGCCGCGCCCAAUGACCCCGCUUUAGAUGUCGGCAGCUGUCAUCAGAGUCUUUUGCACGGUGGGCAGUCGACAAGUAUUCUCAGUGUGGAGCCCGAGUACAGUUUACCGCAAAAUUCAAUUCAAGGUUUAGACGCAUCCAGUGUGGAUAGACUGCGGCGAGGCCCACCCGAACCAUACGCAUCGAGCGCUAUUUACACUGAACUCAAUUUCAAGGACAGUAACGAAAUUGGCGACCUGAGAAAUUGUCCGGAAAGACGAUCUCACAACAAUAGUAUUGUUAGAUCUUGCAAUGGAAGCAUUCAGUAUUCGAAUGGAGAGUGCUCCACUUGCUGUCACAGCACGUCCAGUAGAUCUACUAAGGACUAUAGAGAGCCUAGACAUGACCUACAUGAAAUUAAUGUCCUAGAAGACGACUGUGCGUCAUGCCACACAAACAGAUCAGGCUCAAGAAGCAGACAGGACAAAAGCAAGGUUUGUCCUACAAAUGAUUUAGAAUACGACUAUCCUCAAUGGCACUGGUUGGGAAGAGAGAACAGUUUCAAAAUUCCCAUUCAGACGGGUCGACAUUCGAAUGUGGCGCGGUCGGAGCAGGGCUGUCAAAUAAAUCUGUGUGAUAUACUGCCCCCGCCACCGUAUGAGAGUCCAGAAAACAAGAAUUAGGUGUGCGACGCCUCGUAGAUACAUUAAAUUUUAAAUUUCACUCUUCCGUGGUAGACUCAAACAAAAAGCAAUAAUCAAUAUAUCGUUUCAAACUUUAACAGUAACGUAGAUAAAAGGUCUAGUUUAACUGUUUUCAGUUAAAUAUUUAGUUGAAAGUUUUUCAAUUGUGUUUGGACGUUGGACACAGUGCAUUAUAUUUAACUUGAAACUAGUUAAGCCAGUAUAAACGUAAACGUUGUAGUUGAAUACAGUCGUAGUGGUCGUAAUGUAAUGAGUAGGUACAGAUUUUUUGAUACUUGUAAUUCUUAACUUAUUCCUAUCUAUAUUCUAGUCACAGUGUAUAAGACUAGCUUCACUUUUGGAACACCACGUUGUUUGGACUAUUUACCUGUAAAUGUAUCGUAAUCAAUAGUUAACUUUUAUACCUUAUACCUUUGAACGAAUUAAAGGUUGUUUCGAUUUUAACUGUGAGACAUAGAUCUAAAUAUAGAAAGCCCUGCAUUUCACUGCCAUUAUACUUUUAGAAUUUCUAGGAAAUUAGUUGUAUCUUUGACUGUGAUAUUUAUAUUAAAUUUGUGUAUUAGGUAAACGUAACCCUAGGAUAAGAUCCCUUUACAUGGUUUUCCACGUUUAAACAUUACAGUUUUCUCCCUUUUUAACGCAUAAAGUACCCAUUGUUUUGUAUCCAAAAUAUUUUCAGAGCAGGUUGUAUUGUAAUUGGAACAUAGAAAGCCGAAAUAUAGAAACUUUAUAGUAAAA